AGUAAGGUUUACUGUUUAGCACCACCUUUGUCGUCUGUGCACGUUGUUUUGAAAUUGUUCGCACAUGGUGCGUAUAUGUAAGAUUUAGUUUUCAACUUAAAGAAAUUGUACAAGUUAAACUUGUAGGAUGACAGAAAAUAAAAAAGAGAUUGUGAUUCCUCCAUCUCCAAAUUGGUAUCUGAGUGGUGCUUUUGAAUGUCACAAAAAGUCUGGAGUAUUAGUUUAUGCUGCUUCGCGAUGCCUCGUCUUUGUGAAAUCUUGUAAUGUAGGAGAUAAUUUCAGUUAUCCUACAACUAAUGUCAUCCCGGACGCCCACAGGAAUAAAAUUACUUGUGUGUCUUGGUAUCAGCCCUCAGAAGAGAAUAAUUUGUUGCUGAGUAGUGCUGGAGAAGAUGGUUCUAUUUGUAUAUGGAAAUAUAAUGAUUUGAGUCUUGUAUUUGAACAAAAUGCACAUCAGGAGCAAAAAAUUUCUUGUCUAAGUUGGUCUUCUCUACUGGAUAAGAAAAUCUUGGCAUCAUCAAGUGAAGAUGGGACCAUCAUAAUAACAGAGCUACUAUUGAGCUAUGAGAGUUGCAGCACUCGGAAGCUCAAUUAUGGGAAAAUAAACCCUCUUAUGCUGUCAUUCAAUCCCCACAUUCCAUGGCAGCUGGCCAUUGGCUGUAAAGGUGGAUUGCUGUACAUAUGUGAUGUUAGAGAAAACCGUGGUAUAAUUCAUAAACUGCGAGCUCACGAAGAUGAUCUACACAACAUCGUUUGGUGCCCUUUGAAAGGAAAUGUAUUUAUUUGUGAAAAAGAAAAGAAGGAAACAUUCUUGGCGACUUCGGGCCGAGAUAAAACUAUUAAAAUCUGGGCCACUAACGAAGGAAAAUGUGUCAGCCAAUCAAAACUUCCUGGCAAUACUGGAGUCCAUCGCCCUCGGUCUACUCAGGAUGAUAAACGUGCGACCUGGGUAGCCUUACAUUGGCUAAACGAAAAACAUAUUUUGAGCAGUGGACUCAGUGGUGAACUUAUCUUGUGGGAGGUUGGGCCCAAAUUGUCUUGGAAGAUCGUUCACAAGCUUCACAGCCGUGGACUCUUCAAUAUUUCUUCAUACAUGACUGGAGAAAACCAGGAAAUGAUUUGGACUUCGGCGCAGGAUCGUAAUGUUAUUCUUUGGCCCAUAGUGGAAGGCCACGUACCAAAAGAAGUGUUAGGCAUUCAAGAAAUGGAGAAUCCGCAUCUUUGUAUGCCAACCAUGGGUGGUUUCAUCUACGUCAUGAAUAUCAAUCCCAUCGAUUCAUCCCAAAUGGCUGUGGGAUUGGGAGACUGCUCCAUCAGACUAUGGAAUAUGGCAGCUGCGAAACCUGACAUGAUGAUGCUGUGGAAUGGAAUCAAAGGCAAAGUGAGUGGAUUAGCGUGGCAUCCGACAAUAGAGGGCCGGUUGGCAUUUGGAACCGAUGAAGGACGCGUAGGAAUAUUUGACACACUGUCGCUAACUAAACCACCUCAAUUGAGUCGCACUUACCACAAGGGUACCGUAUACAAUUUAUCCUGGGCUACCCUGCCGUCUAAGGAAGGGAUAUUCCUCUACUCUUGUGGUGGGAACAACAUUAUGGUUCACGAUCCAUCAGCAUUAGAUACGGAAGCAAAAAAUUUCAAUAAUUUGAUCGCAAGCAAAGGAGAAAAAAAUCAAAAGUUCCCUUCGCGUACGGAAUUUCAAUGGAAAGUGGACUUUUCUCUUCUAGCCGUAGGCAACGAAGACGGUUCUGUGGAAAUCUAUUCAGGCGGCGAUUUAUCUUUGCUAACGAUUAUCGUUGCGCAUAAAAAACUUAUUCAAUGCCUUAAAUGGCAUCCGCCAUUCACUUUCCAAAGUGUGGAACCUUCCAAAUUUGAAAACUGGUUGGCAGUGGCUUCAAACGAUGUGAACAUCAAAGUUUUUAGCGUCGUCGUUGCCAACAACGACGAACCCGCAACAUCCACACUUGCGGCUACUCUAAGCGGUCAUAAAGAACGUGUGGUGUCGGUGGCUUGGAGCCCACAUGAAGAUGGAAAGCUUCUUUCUGCCAGUUAUGAUGGAACCGCACAGGUUUGGGACGUGAUCAACAAAGAGCAAGUGGCUAAUUUUGGUGGCCAUACCGGAAGAUUGCUUUGUUGCGAAUGGAACGCAUUAGAACAGGAUACGGCCGUUACAGGAGGAGACGACAUGACUAUUCGAAUGUGGAAAGUUAAAGAACAAGUCUACAAGACACCUGCCGAAUCUAUUGCAGUCAAAACGUUGAAGGAACGAAAGAAAAUACCAUACAAACCCCCUCAAUCUUCUUCUUUUGUUGGUCGCCAUGCAACUUCAAGUGGCACAACUAAAAAGAAGCCACCGAGUAAGCUGAAAUCAUUGUUCCCGGUUAGCGCCACUCUUGAAGCCCGUGGCCGAAUCGAGGGUUUGAAAGACUGCAAAAUAUUGGCUACCCUGAAAGGAGUGACUCUAAAACAUUCCGUCAUUGGCGAAGAUCCGGAAUCCUUUACAUGUCCUGCCUCUGAUUUCGGAGAUGCCGAGUUGGCUCAUCUGGGCUUUUUUGCUAGCCGGGAUUCCACAGUUCAAAUGCUCCAGGAGGAGAUCGACCAUCAUCAAGAAGGUUCUAAUUCAGAUCUAGCAGCUCAUUUGAGAAUCUGGCAAGGAGAUGUCGAAUCGAUGCUACGAGAAGCUGUAAAGAAAAGGCAGCUUAAUGAUUGGCUUGUUAGUUUGGCUCCUCAAGUCUCUUUGGAGUUUUGGAGGGAAAUGGCCCAUCUGUACGCCCAGCAGCUGAUGGCAGAAGGAGAUGUCAGGAAAGCCGUGUCUUAUACUCUCAUUUCCGGCCAGAAGAGUCAGGCAAUUGAAAUGUUUUCCAGUCAGCAGUUACAUCGUGAAGCCGUGGCUCUUACACGUUGCCAGUACCCCGACGAAAGUUCUCAAGUUCAAGAGAGUCUUUCUCGUUGGGCCAGCAAAGCUGUUUUAGAUGGUAAUCUCGAAUUGGCAGUAAAAUGUUUCCUGGCCAAUGGCGAGGUAGCUGAAGCGGCUCGCACGUUGGCGCGACGAUCAGAUCCGUUGUCUCUGGUUUUGUCGGCUGACCUGGCUACAAGCGCCGGUCUGGAUCAAUUGGCUGCAGCCUAUUUACAACAAGCUACGGACAUUGCGCAGACUGCCACUGCGACUACUGAAAAACCUAGUCCUACACCGACGAAUGGCGAUGCCGCCGUUGCGGAAGUAUCUCAAAGUAUCGAUCAAGCGGACAAGAACCAAGAAGUCGUCGCAUUAUCAACAGCAGCAGCAGCAGCGGAAGACGAGAAAACAGAAAAUGACGAAAUCAUUCAAGAAAAUGGGAGAGAAUAAAUGAUGUAUCUGGGAGUGUAUUAUUUGACGGUAUUAUUAUUACAGUCUAAUAAUUAAUUACAUGGACGGCUUUGUUGAGCCCAUAUUAUGCUGAUAA